CCCCUACCCCCUCGCUCUCCCUCCGCCUCAACACCCUUCUCCCCUAACCCGCUUCGCUGACUCUGCCGGGUAUGACGGACCGUGUUCUGCUGGACCCGUCGACAGUGAUGGAGGUGGAGACGGCAGCAGGGGAUGUGUUCCCUGGCUCUUCGGCUACCUUUACCAUGCUCAUUGAUGAUCCGUCGCCUGCUGUGGAAUGGUACCGGAAUAUGUUCAUUGGUCGUGAUCAUGUUCAUUAUGUGGCAAGCGAUGACGAGGCCCUCGGUGGUGUGGUCAUCUUCUCGGUCAUGAUGACGGCGGUGCAGAAAAUCGGUGUCCAGUAUCGGAUCAUUGUCUGGUCGGUCAAGUCGAUUGUACGCAAAGUCAUCGAAGCGCCAGCGCCAAUGUCGUUUCCCGACCUCCUCACUGCCGUCGACCCGCACCUUGGCGCCCAUCGCAAGCUCUUUGCCAAGCUCGACCGCGCGCAUGUGACCUCGCCCUCGGCGCAGAACACGCUGCUCAAGCUCGAGAAUGAUGAGCCCAAGCUCCGGAUCAAGAUUGGCGUCCUGUUUGCCAAGCAGGGCCAGACCGAGGAGACCGCCAUGUACCAGAACGAGCACGGCUCGCCGGCGUUUGAAGAGUUCCUGGAUCUGUUGGGCGACCGGGUCCGCCUCAAGGGCUUCACUGGGUACUCUGCCCAGCUCGACACGUCACACGACGGCUCAGGCACCCACUCGGUCCACCGCUCCAAGUUUGCCGGCUACGAGAUCAUGUUCCACGUCUCGACGCUGCUGCAGUACGACCCGACUGACGAGCAGCGGAUCCAGCGAAAGCGGUUCAUCGGCAACGACAUUGUCAUGAUUGUGUUUAUGGACGGCGACACGACGUACAACAUCGAGUGCAUGGCGUCACAGUACACCCGGGUUGUCUUUGUUGUCCAACCUAUCGACCACCCGGAGCUCGGCCCGGCCUACGCUGUCGCCGCAGGUACCAUGAAGGGCCUCCGCGCUUUUGGUCCGCCGGUCUACUCGGUCUACCCGCGCUCCGAGGCCUUUAUCGAGACUCUCCUCGCCAAGUGCAUCAACGGCGAAAAGGCGACCAUGGCGUCGACCGAGUUUGUCAUCCGUGACCGCCGAACCCGCAAGGGCUACCUCGACAUCUUCCACGCCGACUACGCAAACCCCAAGGCGCUGCGCAAGAAGCAGCUGCGCAAGGACAACUCGCUCGAGCUCAUUCCGGUCUACACCCAGGACCUUGCGGCGUCGACGGCGUCUGCGGCUCAGGCCUUUACCCUCGAGCUCGCCAUGGACGCCUUUCCGCACCCGAUCUCGGCCGUCGAGACCCACGGCGACUCGCUGCUCUUUGGCACGCCCGAGGGUCUUUACAUCUCGGCCAUCGGCUCGCUCGAGUGUCACAAGGUGGUCAACAUGCCGUCCAUCUCGCAAAUUGUCGUCUCACCGACCACCGACUCGCUCCUGGUCCGGACCAACAAGCUCAUUGUGGCACUCUCGCUUUCAGCUGUCCUCGCCGGCGACUCGCCGGGUGUCGCCGUGGUCCCGGCGCGCAACCCGUCGGCGGUCGACGUGGCCACCAUUGGCGAGACCACGUUCAUUGCCGCCGUCCAGUGCUCGGCUGCCGGCGCCUCGGCCACCGACGGCUCGUACUCGCUCGAGGUCUUCCAUGCUGCUUCUGGUGACAUCACUCUCGCAAAGUCGGUCCCGCUCCGCGGCGCGCCGACGGCCCUGGCCAUCGUCCCGUCGCUCCGCGGCGCGCUCAUCGGCCUCGACCUGGACUUUGUCUUUGUUCCUUUCACCAACUACUUCUCCAUGCCGGUCUGCACCCUCGCUACCACCAAGCCGAUGCGGACUCGCCUGCUGAAGCUCCCCGAUGACGCCAUUGCCGGCGCCGGCGCCGCCGACCGUGCCUCGCUCGACUCGGCCGCUGUCGCCAGACUCCUCGCCGCCGACGCCCUCACUCCCUCGGCGGCCCACGGCGUCUUUCCGCUCGCAGACUCGGGCGAGACGCUCCUCUGCUACGACACCUUUGGCGUUGUCCUCAAGUCCGAUCUCCAGCUCGACCGCAACCGCAUCUUUGAGUGGGUCUCGCCGCCUGUCCACUACUUUGUGGCAUCCAACGCCCUCCUCGUCGUCGUCUAUCGCACCUUUUCCGAGGUCUACUCGCUCCGCAACGGCUCAUGCAUCGAGUCGCAUCUCGUCACCUCGCCUGCAGAGUACUUUUGCCGCGGAAACUCGCUCUACCUGCCGUCAUGGGAGCCGCUCACGUCCACUUGCUCGCUCUACCGCCUCCUGCCCAAGCCCUCGCCGUUCCUCGCCGCCAGUGCAGGAAACGCGCCCCCACCCCUCGCGCGGGCGUACUCCCGCUUCCCGGCACAGCAGUCGAGACCUACGCCUCGGUCGGCGAUUGCGACUCGCUGCCGGAUGUUGACCAGCUGAAGAGACCGAGCGGCGCCAAGCCGACGACCGUGGCUGACAGGCUUAAGGCCCGCGCGCCACCUAAGCGGACUCGCUCGGCCUCGGUCUUUGACCGAGUCUCGAUGUUCCAGACAAAGGCCGAGGCCGCAGCCUCGAUGCAGGCCCAGCCCAAGAAGCCUACCGCCGCACCGCCUGUCGCUUCGCCGCCGCUCAACAAGUCGUCGUCAUCGCCGUCGGACCUGGCCUCCAAGCUCGAGGCCGCGCGCGCCGCCGCCGCUGCCGACACCGCAGGCGGCUCUGCCGCCGCCCGGACCGUCCCACCGCUGGUGCCGUCGGCGUCGGCAGCCUCAGUCGUGCUGGCCAAGCCGUCGUCCAAGCCCACCACUACCCAGCCGUCUUCGCCGUCGUCGCCGUCGUCGCCGUCGGCCUCGUCGUUUGCCUCCAAGCUCGAGCGCUUCAACUCGGAGGCCGCGCCGGCCCGGGUCCAAAAGGCCGCGCCGCCCGGACGCAUCUCCAAUGCCUCGCGCCGCCGCGACUUCCGCUCGCGCCGCCAGCAACUGGCAGUGGCCAAGACCACACGGUCGGCCUCGUCGUCACACGCCCACACUGACGCAGCUGCUGCUGCCUCGUCCUCGGCCGCCUCUUCGCGCCAAGCAGAGCGCCAGUCCAAGCGCGCCACCAUCAAUGACGCCGACGCCUACGACAUUGACAUCGAGUCGCUCACCUCCAAGUGGGAGAGUAUGGGCAUGAUCUCGUGAUAAACAAGUCCUCCCCUCA